GACCGAUUGUCGUUCCCUGGAUGUCACGGUCUGCCAUGGCCCAGCAAAUCUGUAUCAUAUGCUCUCCUGAACCUACGCUAACUUUCCAUUUCAAUGCGAUGUAUUUGAUCACGUACUUAUCGCAGUGUCCUGAGCAGUACACUCUGAUAUUUAUAUGUACGUAUCGAACAUCCGUACAAACUUUUAAAGGCCUCGAGUGAGAUUUGUACUGCCUGCCACUCGCCCCAAGUCCCUCUUUUAGUCCUCUUCCACUCACAGCAAAAGAAAGGAAGCGAUGACAGAGCCCGACAUCAAUUUGCGAUUCGCGUAUGAUGGAAAUACAGAUAUGCGUAAUUUUCGUGUGUAUCAAGUGAUCGAGAAUGCGCCCGAGCGGUUGGAGGUGUACAGGUUCCACCAUCCGACAGCGGGUUACAUUACGCCCACAACAACCUUCAAGAGAAAGAAUCUCGCUGUGCUUCGGUGGGACAUUACUGGUCGAAUCGAGUGGCCAACAACUACUAGUGGAACUGUCUGGUUUGGUGUCGACGAGGUUCCAAUCAAAGACUUACGGAAAAUAAAGAACGGUACAAGCCAGUCGAGGAGGUUUAAAGUUUCGGGGAACGAGUAUAAAUGGAAGGUUGCGGCGAACGGUCAAGACUUGUUUUGUGUCGAUUCCAAAGACAAACAUGUGGCCGUUUGGACCGCCCAGGAAAUGUCGCUCAAAAUUGCGCCACGCUGUGCUACUAUUCUCGAACGGAUUGUAAUAACAUGCUUUCUUAACUUGUGGUUUAAGCAACUUGGUCGUUGGUGAGCUCACAUGUGGAUAAUACUUAUGGUACAUAUAUGAUAUCGAAGUCCCUUGGGGACUACCUAGCUUCGAAUUGAACCAUUCGUUUGGUCCUCUUUUUGUACAUGAUACGAUGCCCACAUUCUCGACAGCGAAUAGGUUCUCUAGAUUUUAUUUCAUUCUUAGCACCACAGUCUUGGAGAUUGAGAUAUUGAAUCUGCGGUUUAGUCUGUGUAAGAGUAGGUACAUACCAGCACAGAUAUACUCCAUCUCCUGACGCGGCCUUGGCAAGAAGUCGGCGCCGCCAGCGCUGGGUGCACCGGACUGAUAUGGCUGGCUCAUCGGUGCGGAGGGGUAACCGGUA